AUGGCUCCUCCUACGGGGCCUCUGAACCUCGAUGUCGAGGCGAUAUCAGGUAUCUGCGGCUCCAUCUCGAUUGCGGCAUGGGUCGUAGUCUUCUCUCCCCAGAUCAUAGAAAAUUUCCGACGAGGUUCCGCUGAUGGAUUGUCCGUUCCUUUUAUCAUCCUCUGGCUGCUUGGCGAUGUCUUCAAUAUACUCGGUGCCAUACUUCAAGGUGUACUGCCGACGAUGCUCAUCCUAGCAAUUUACUAUACGAUAGCCGAUUUCGUUCUUUUGGCGCAAUGCUUCUACUACAAGGGUUUUACAUGGAAGGACGAAAUCCCCUCAUCCCAACCGAAACCGCCGAACGUCGUAGUUGUCGGCGAGCCUACUGAGAGAACAGGGUUGUUAAAUGGCCACUUGGACGAGAGGGAAAGAAGAGGAAGUGGGUGGUCUCAUCUGAAUCCGACUGUGCCAAUGGUGUCGGAGGCUCCGGUCACGCCCCCGCCUACGCCAACGAGACUACAGUCAGUAAUAUGGAAUUUGGUGGCUGUACUCAUGGUCUGUAUAGCGGGUGUGGCUGGGUGGUUAUUGAGCAGACAGUAUUCAAACGGCCAGCCCGAUUCACCUGCGGACGAGGGUCUCCCUUCAUUCGAUCUUUGGGGUCAGAUCUUCGGUUGGUUAUGCGCUCUUCUCUACCUUGGGUCGAGACUCCCUCAAUUGCUGCUUAAUUGGCGUCGCAAAUCAACCGAAGGUGUAAGCAUCCUAUUCUUCCUCUUUGCUUGCCUGGGAAAUUUGACAUAUGUCCUUUCGAUCUUCGCCUACGAGCCUUACUGUGCCAAAUCACAAUGCCAGCCUGGCGAGGCAGAGCGGAUAUAUGGGAGAUACAUACUUGUCAACUCCAGUUGGUUAGCUGGUAGCUUAGGGACGUUGUUCUUAGACCUAGGCAUAUUCGCUCAAUUUUUCAUCUAUAGUAAGGAUGAGCUGGCGGAUGAAGAAGAGGCAAUCGAAGAUGAAGAAACCAUUGCUGAUGAGCAGCAACUCGACGAUCGGCCGCUCCUGCAGCGGGCUGGCUCCGGUCUUCCAUAUGUUCCAUAA